UACUGAAACCAAAGUGGUGGAGAACAAGUCACCAAAGGCUGGAGAGAAGAGGAAGGCAUCACCUGCUAGGGCAGCUAAAGGGAAAGCAGAAUCUCCAGUUUCUACACCUAAGAAACAGAAAGUGUCUCAACUGAAAAAACAGGCAAAAAAGACAAAGAAGGAAGUUACAGACUCUGAAGAUGAUAAACCCCUUAAGUACUGUCAAAUCAGAUACUGAAAAAGAAACAAAACCAAGUCAGGAACCUUCUAAAAAGAUUCAGAGUCCAACAAGAGGAGAACAAAACAUUUUUGCCAGCUUGUCUAGUGGUUUAAUGAUGGAUGAUAGCAAAGAAAACAAGGCACAGGCAGCUGUUAAUAUUGAAGAUGAAACAAAAAAUGUUUCUGAAGACAUUGUUGUGGAAAUUGAGAAAACUAAAUCUGAAAGUGUCAAACCAGAUAAGGAAAUAAGUAGUGAUGAAAAACAAACUAAGGAAAGUAUAGAUAAGAUGGACAAAGACAAAGAAGAACAAAUUGAUGUUGUGAAUGAUGAAAGUAUUGUGGAAGAUAUGAAAAAUAAAGAUGAAGUUCACUUAGAGAAUAAAGAAAAUUUGAAGGAAAAAGAAAUUUCUGUUGAAGAGAAAAGUGAAGAACAAAAGGCUGAAAAUGACUUAAAAGAAACUGGUGCCAGUAUUGAAACUGAAAGUGAUAAUAUGAAAGAAGAGAUUAAAAAAUCAGAACCACUUAAAAGACAUGACUCAGAGGAUAGCAGAGGUUCACAUCAUCACCAUCAUCAUCAUCAUAGAAAACAUUCACAUGACAGGAAAGAAUCAGUGUCAGAUGAUAAAUCAGACUCAGGAAGUCACAGACACGAAUCUCAAGACCGGAGAGAUUCUAGUGACAGAAGACAUUCUUCUGAUAGAAGAGAUUCUCAUUCUCAGGAUAGAAGAAGUUCUAAAAGUCAUAGAGAUAAAGACAGGCAUGGAAGAAAAGGUUCAGAGUCAAAAGACAGAAAUAGGAAAGACUCAGUGAAAGACAGAAGAGAUUCUUCAUCAGGUACAAAGGAAACUGCAAAAAGAACAGACAGUGUAAAAGAUCGUAGAGAAUCUGUUGGAAGUGUUAGUUCUGAUAAAAAUGGAAAAUCUGUUCAGCCUAGUCAGGUUUUGAAAAAAACUGGAAAGUUAAAUAAGGAUGGGAAAGGAAAAGGUAAAAAGUCUAAGAAAACUGAUGAUUUGCCAAUAGAUUCCUCAAUGGCAGAUUUAUUCAUGCCAGAUAAUUUACCUACUCCUACUAAAGAGGAGUUAGGAAACAAGCAAACAACUGAUAAGGAAAAGAAAUCAGAAAACGUGCAAGUUAAAGAACGUGUAUCAAAAGUUUCCUUUAAAGAUGACUCUGUGAAAAGUUCAAAGAAAACUAAAUCUGAAAAGGAAGAAGUUGUGGGACCUGAAGUUGUUAAGGUUGAAAAUGAACAAGAUCUAGAUGAACUUCCAGAUAUAGUUGAAGAAAGCAAGGUUGUUGAGAAAAAUAAAUUGUUAAAAGCUGAGAAAAAUAAAGAUGAACCUGCUGUUUUUGUGAUAGAUGUGUCAAAAGCUAAAUCAGACAAAAUUGAUAAAAGUGAUACUAAGAAGAGCAGCAUAAUAGUUGGUGACUUAGAAAUAGAUAAAUCUGAAAAAGAAUCUGUUAGUGUUAAUACAAAUGAAGCAGAAAGUGAAGAUAUUAUUGUUGAUGUAGAAACUGAAGAAAACGUUAAUGAGAAGGUCAGUAGUGUAGAUGCUGAAAUAAAAAAAGAGGAAGAAUCAGAGGUGAAAGCGAAGGAAGUGAAAGAUUCUGACAAAAUGGAAGAGAAAAUGAAAGAUAAUACAGAAGAAGAAGAGGUGUCAGAUAAAAAAGAAACUGACCAGACUACAGAUUUGAAGAAAACUAAAUCAGAGACAGAAACUGCAGAAAAAUUACCUGCAGCUGAUGUUAAAACUUCAUCUGAAGAAACAAAAGAAAAUCUAACAUCAGGAAAGAAAGAUGUUGUACAAGAGACAGUUGUGACACCAAAAAAGCCAAAAGUUAAGAAUCCUUUGAAAAUGUCAGACUUCUUUUCUGAAAGAAGAUUAAAAAUCAAUGACCCUAAACCACGGCAGAAAGUUGUAAAGGAAGAAUCGACAACUGCAGAAGAAGGUGGUGGGGUGAAUGAGAGCAGUGGACGGAAGCGGAGAAACAAAUCCAAAGCUUUUGCUGAUAUACUGAAGAAAGAAAAACUUGGAAGUGAUGAUGAAGGAGAAACAGACUCUGACUUCGAAGAUGAUGAGAAUGAUGAAGACUUCGAGGAUCCAGAUGAGCUGUACUGUAUUUGUAGACAGCCUCAUAAUCAAAGGUUUAUGAUAUGCUGUGACAAGUGUGAGGAGUGGUUCCACGGCAAGUGCGUAGGAAUAACACGUGCACGAGGGGCUGAAAUGGAGAAGAAUAACGAAGAAUACGAGUGUCCUCAGUGUAAAAAGGGCGAGAUUCAAGACAAAAAUGUCGCCUCGACAACCCAGUCCCUGGAACAGCUGGCCAAGAAACCUAAGGAUGCUGAAAAUGAAAAAGCUGAGAAUGUGACCAGUGCAGAGCCAGGAAGUAGUUCAACAGAGGUAAUCAAACCAGAUUCAACAGUAGAUAAAGACACAACUCAGCCUGUUAAAGAGAAAACAGAGCAGCAGACACCUAAAUCAUCUGCUGCUAAGGCACCUGGGGAAGCUACUCCAAAGGCACAGAAAACUGUAAAGAAAACUGCUGUGUCACUGAAGAGUAAACAGACAGGGGAAGCCGCCCCGAAAUCAGGAUUGAGCAAAGAACAAGAUCUAACUCCAAAAUCGAAGAGUUUGAAAGGGCAGACAACACCAAAGAGUGAUGGAAAGAGUAAAGAUAAGCAAGGCGUCUCUGCAAAAAAGAAAACUGAAUCUGAGCUAAGUGAGAAGAGGAAACGUGUAAUACAAAUGGUGAAAGAAGAGAAUGAAGCAAAAGAUAAACCAAAGCAGCCAUACAACAAAUGUUUUACAUGUAACCUGAAAUCGCCAAGGAAAGAUUCCCUGUACUGUAGUGACGAAUGUCGAGCGAAGCAUUCCAAGCAUAACGUUGUACCAGGAAUUCUGAAAGUCAGAGAUAAGAAAGAAAAGAAAAAGGAGAAACACAUAGCGGUUGUGGAGCCAACAACUGGUCGAACAUUGACAGGAGAAAAGGCGCCAACAGAGAGCGAACUGAAGUCAUGGCUAGAAGAAAAUCCAACUUUUGAGAUUCUUAAAUCCCAUAAUAAGCCAGCUGCAAAGUUGCCAGUUUCAACCUCAGACAAGAAAAGGGAAGACAAGGAAGAGUCUAGGUCCAGUAAAUCUGACAGGUCAAAGAAGUCUGAGGGACCUGAGCCAAUCAGGCUCAAUGUCAGGAAAGGGCUGAGGGAUGCUCUUGCAGCCAGGGCAGAGGCUGCAGAUGAUGUCAUGUUGUCUAGCAGUGAGAUCAAGAGUGUGGCACUGUCCGUGGAGGAAGAGUUGUUUAAAUAUUUCAAGGAUACAGACCAUAAAUAUAAGGCCAAAUACAGAAGCUUAAUCUUUAAUAUUAAGGACCAAAAAAACAAGGGUCUGUUCAGGAAGAUACUUGGUGGCCGUGUUCGGGCAAGCAAACUGGUGAGAAUGACAGCUGAUGAACUUGCAAAUCGGGAACUUGCUCAGUGGCGUGAACAUGAAACUAAACAUACAAUAGAGAUGAUUAAACAGACGGAGAGGGAGCACAUGAAAGAGCCAGUGCAUGUGAUGAAGAAAACUCACAAGGGUGAGGAAGAAGUGCAAGAUGAAGAGGGAGAGGAUCUUAGUACACUUGCCACUGAGCCGAAGAAGAAAGAGGAACCAACAAAGGCAGAACAUAAGGAAGAUGAGGAAACCGAGAACCUUCCCGACACAACAGACACACAUGGUCAGCAUCUGUUUGACGCCAACUGUAAAAUCUGUACUGGAAAACUUGUACCAGCUACUGAAACAACUCCAACUAAAGCUUCGGCUGUUAAGACAGAAACAACUCCAAAGACAAAGGAAGAGGAGAAGGAGCUGACAAAGAAGGAAAGAGACUUACAGGCUGACGAGGUUGUCAAGGAGGUCCUUAAAGCCAUACAGAGAGCUAAAGCUGACGAGAGGAAAGAGGAGUUAGAGGCCCAGCAGAGGUCUGCAGUAACUGUUAGGUCCCCGGAUUCUGCAUUGAGUUCUGGGCUGGACAAGAACGUGAAGUUUACUCCUAUUGGCCCAGUGUUGUGGAAAGGAUUUAUUUACAUGCAGGACGUGUCUAAAUUUGUAACCACAGCAUACAGGGUGACUGGACCAGCUGAUCAUUUGAGUAUACCAGAUACAAUCACAUUGUGUGGAAGGAUCAGCCCAGAACAUGUUUGGGACUAUCUUAAUAAAGUUAAACAGUCAGCAACCAGGGACAUUUGUGUGGUAAGAUUCAUACCUGGAGUGAAUGAAGAGAAGGUGGCUUACAUUAAUUUGUACUCAUACCUGAACAGUCGUAGUCGUUGUGGGGUGGUAGAACACAAGGCGAAGAAUAUCAAGGACUUCUACAUUGUGCCACUUGCUUCACACAGUAAAAUACCAUCAGUCCUGCUUCCUUUUGAUGGACCAGGUCUGGAAGAAAACAGGUGCCAUAUGUUACUGGGUGUAAUUAUCCGGAACAAGGUGAAGCGGUCAAGUCUUAGUAGCUUGGACCUCCCUAAAUCUAGUCAUACACGUCAUUCACACAGACCAUCUAAAUCACAACCACUGAAAUCUGCUCUCAAAGACCCUAGAAAAACAGCUUCCAAGAAAAAUGCAUCUGGCACAGGGUUUGAUCCAGAAAGUCCUGACAAAUCUUCUUCAAGUUCACCAAAGACAUCCAGUUCAUCAAGUACACCUCAGGCAAUCAUCUCUGAGAAAAAGAAGGCGAUUUCCUUUGAUCCAAUAGUGAAGGAAUAUUCUCAUGUCUCUGAACAAGAUGAUUCAUAUGAACCAGGAAGUGAUUAUCCUUUGGAUCUGAACGCCCCAUAUGACCCAGAAAAAGAAGCGCUGAAAGAACCAGCUAAACCUAAACCAGAAAAAUCAGCUAAAACUGAUCCAGUAACCCUUAUGAUGGAGAAGAUUGCACAGAGUAAGAAUCCGGCUGAGGCAACUACUGCCAUGGUAGCUGCAUUAGCAACCACGUCCAAACUUGGUAACCAGCGUAAACUUCUGCUUGAACUCACAAAGAAAGUAGAUGAACAAAAACGUUUAUUAGAACAAAAACGAAUCUCAACGAAAUUAGGACAGUCACCUUCAGGGAGUUCCCCGGGUCCUUCGUCAACCACGGUUGUAACGAGUACAUCAUCUUCUAGUAUUGGGAUUUCUUCUAAAGACCCAAGAUUAAGGGCCCAAAAUGCUGCAGCUGUGGCUGCUGCAGCAGCAAGUGCUAGUGAUAAAACUGAAAGUAGUGUGGAACCUAUGGAUAUUGAUUUAAGAGUUCCAACUGGCGUACAAGCUCCUUCAGGUGUCCCACCACCUACAGGUGUUCCAACACCAGUAGGCAUACCAGCAGUAUUAGGAGUGCCUCCUUCCUCAGGUUUAAGUGCACCAACAGCUUCUUUUACAUUUACGCCUUCUAAACCUUCAUCAGUAUUACCCUCUUCUAUCACAACUUCUGCGCUUGAAAAAUCUGUUUCUAUUUUAUCAUCUUUGACUUCUGAAAUAGCUUCAGAUGCUGCAUCUCCUGUUAAACCAAGCACAGAAAAAACUAAAAAUGAACCACAGGCAGCUGUUAAACCAUUUUCUACAACAGUUAAGUCACAAUCACAUACAUUAACAUCGUCAUUAGUUCUUGGUGAAAAUAAAGCUGAAGACAAGACAAAACUAGCAAAGUUAAGUGUUGUUAGUGAUUCUGUUGUGAAACCAAAAGGUUUUUAUGUAGAUCAUCGUGAAAAGGAGGAAAUGGCCAAAACUAAUAAAACUGGGAGCGGUAGUGUUUCUAAAAUAGAUAAAGAAGAGGCAGGUGAACACUUGACUGCAGUUAAAAGUUCUGAAAAUAAAAAUGAAACAGUUAAGUCGAAAUUUGAUGAUUCAGUUGGGAAGUCUGAGGAUGAAAAAACAAAGAAAGGUGCUCAGCAUGAGAUCAUUUCUCAACUCAUGGCUGAAGUUAGUGGUAAAUCAGUAACAGAUUCAAAACCUAUUAAAAAGGAAACAGAUUCAGAAAUCCAAGAUGAAAUCCAGGAACCAAAAAAGGAACAAACUGAACAGACUUCUAAACAAGUACCAAAUGUAGCAGCACUGUUUAAGGGAUUGGCAAAUACUGGUGCAGGCAAUACUGAUGCAAGUAAAAAAUCUGGAAUCCAGCUCCCAUCAGCAUUAAUGUCUUUGUUUUCUAAAUUACCAGGCAGCGCUGAAGAACCAAAAGAGGCAGCCCCAGCUAAGAUUCCUGGCUUUUUCACAGCGGAAUCUGAAGAAGCUGCUGAAGAUACUGAUCUCAGACAGUCUGAACCAACUGCUGAAACAAGUGUUUCUACAAGUGAUAAUAAAGAAGAGAAAGACUCUGAAGAAAAACUAUCUAAGUCAUUUCUGGGAUUUGAUUAUGAUUCAGAUUCAUCAGGUGGAAGUUUUGAAGGAUUUGAUGAUGAUGGAACUAAAAAACUAAGCCCUAGAAAAAGAAAAUUUAUUCAAAAAAGUCCCCGUGCUCUGAGCCCUAACAAGAAUUCACCAAGGACUAAUUUGUUUGGGGAUGUUGAUGAGAGGGGGACUCCACCAAUAGAGGAUGUUGAUUUCAGGCAACAUGCAAAUAAUGAUGUUGAUUUAAGACCAGACACUGAAACUCAGCCUAAAGACAUUGAUGAGAGAAUAUCUGUACACAUUGCAGGAGCAAGUGGACAGCCACUCCCACCUGGUGAAGGUCCUAUGCACCCAUUUCCCCCACCAGGUUUAAGGCUUCCUUUUAUCCCUUCUUCACAACCUCUUCCCCCAGGAACUGAAUCUUCUCAGCCACCCCCUCCAGGAGUUGAAUGGGACCACCCAACACCAAUGCCAAAUAUGGCACCCCCUACAGGGGAAUGGGGGCACCCUCCUUUACCAGAAACAUCACAACCACCACUUCCUGCUGAGCCUCCAAUGCCCAAACCCCCUGAACCGCCAGUGAAAAAGAAGAGAGAUGAUGAAGGAAAUAAAAAAGAUGACGACUAUUCAGACAAUGAAGGUGAAACUAAGUACCAGUCCAAAAACAGUAAGAAGAAAAAGAAGAAAAAGGAAAGAAAAAAUAAAAAAGGGGGGCAAGUGAUGAGUGAUGAAAGGCUUAAACAAAUAGUUCUAGAAAUUGCCAAAAAUGAACCUAUAGAUCCUCCACCCAUACCUCCAAUGGUGCGGCCAAUGCAUGGUAUGCGGUAUGGUCCACCACAGCAGAUGAUGCCAAUGCCGCCAAUGGGUGUUCCAAUGCCGCAUGGUCCACCAGUUAUGACAAGUGUACCUGUCACAACGCAGCUUAUGCCUCCAAAUAUGGCUAGCAUGGAGAUGCCAAGCAUUGGAAACACUAGUUGGAUGAACGCAGGUGCUGCUGGUCCAGGAUUGAACACCCAGUCGCAGAUGGUGCCUCCAAAUGUCCCUCCACAUAUGCAGCCAGGAGUUGCUACAAAUCCACAGCAUCUUGGACCAGCACUGGAUUCCUCCUCACGUCAAUUCAAAGAUCGGCCUAAAGGUCCCGGUGGCCAGCACAAAGGUCCAACUUCAAAAGAAUAUGCAAAGAAACCUCCAUCAUUGUUAGAUCUCCCAACUUUAGUACCACCGCCAAAAUUACUGGGAAAGGCAGCAGAAAUGUCUUCUAGUUCAGGUUCAGGGUCACCUUCAAUGAGGGACACAAGAGGGCCAAAUGAAGACAUGAGUUUUAAUGAACCAGAACAAACUUUUAUGCAAGCAGAUAUGGACCCAAAAGAUCAUAUUAUUGACUCAGUAAAUCAGGGUGUAGCUAUGGAGCGCAGAAGGGACCAAGAAGAAAGGUCACGUGAGAGAGACAGAGAUGAGAGGAGAAGAGACAGGCAUAGAAGUCGAUCUGGAGACCGAAGCCGAAGAAGUAGAUCCGGUGAGAGAAGGUACAGAAGUAGAUCGCAUGAAAGAGAGUCUGACCGUCACCAUAGAGAAAGGUCACAUGAUCGUGAUCGCCAUCAUUACAGAGAUAGUAGAGAUAGAAAUCGAAGCAGAGAUCACAGCAGAAGUCGAGAUAGGGACAGGCGAAGUGGUAGAAGUCACAGACAUUGAAUUGAAUUACGUUUUUUAUCAUAGGGCAUUCAGUAUACAUAAGGUGUACAAGUAUGGAAAAUUCUAUCAGUGGCAUUGAUUGUGUUUAAUAGCGUUACUCUUAAAAGGGUUGAGAAUAGAUUUUAAGAUCACUUAUUUGUGUUAUUUUACAUGUAUUUAUUAUAGUUACAUGUGUUUAAGGUAAUGAAUGUGUAAUGUUACUCGGCAAUUUACAGUGAUUUACGUAUUCCUAUUAAGCAGUUUGGCAUACUUCAGAAGUAAAUGUAUCUUGACACGUACAUGAUUAUUUUAAGUAAGAGAAUACAAAAGCUGCACAUGGAAAAUACAAAAUUCUGGUUUCAUUGAUUUGAAUUUAGAACUUACAUGCAGGUUUUUAAGAAAUGUUGCUAUUGUAUUUUCAUGUUACAAAAAUAAACUGUUACUCCCAAGAUUUGAGGAAAGUAAUUUUUGAAAAAUACCUUGAACUAAUUAAAAGAAAGGGGAAAAUUUUAUGCUUUAAACAUUGUUUAUCAUGUAAAACUAAUCUCGCAAAUAUUUUUAUAUUGUAGAUAUUUGUCAUACAGUCACAUAUUUUACUUGUGAAAAAAAUCAUGUUUGCAGUUUUAAGAAAUUAUAUUUUACACUGUACAUAAGUGAUACAAACAUUAGUCAACUUUUGUACUUCCCAAAUUUUGGGGGUCACUUAAGUUGCCCUUUUCUGCCCAUACCUCACCAGCCUUUUUAUUCAGCAUGAGAAGUUGUGCACAUGGUAUUUUAAUUGGGAUCUCACACAGCCAGACCUGAGUCAUGACCCUUGACUUGGUAAAAAAAUAGGCAUAAAAAAUUAUGUCGCACAUAUCUUAAAACUUAUUUGAGCAAAGGUUAUGGAACUUAAAAGCAAUGGUGUUCAUCAUGUGAUUUUGUGCACCUGGGGUUUUGUUUGGGAUUUCAGUCUGUCAGACCAGAGUUGUGGCCUUUGAUAAAGGAAGGGUAUGAAUGUUUAUGUUGCAUGUAUGUCAAAAAGUAUUUGAUGUAAAGUCAUUAAGGGAUUGUUAUAUAGCGUAUGAAUGUGUACACCUGGUGUUCUCUUUGGGAUUUCAUUUAGUUUGACUAGAGUUAUAAUCCUCGACUUAGUGAAAAAUACACAUAAGGUUUUUAAAAGUUCAUGUUGCAGAUAUCUAUAAAAAAUAAUUCACCUAGAGUCAUGAAACCAUGUACAGUGAUAGAAAGGCAGGGGAGGAUGGGGUCACCCCUGUGUCCUAUGGACACGCGUCUAGUUGUAUUUGCUAUUUGCUGACUUUGACAUGCAUAUCCCUUGAACUGUCGAUGUACUUUUU